AGCUUUGUCAGUGGCCACACGCGUGAAUGGGGGGAGGUCUGAUGAUGGAGCAGCAGAGGUGAAGAGUUACUUCUGCGACUCAUCAUUCUCUCACUCUGGGAGCUGCGUCUCUGGCGCGUCACCGACGUCCAGCUCCGUUCCUUAGCUCCCACAGAGCCUCAGACUGGCUGUGCGUUCUCUGCUAUAGUUUACUAUGGACGAGGACAGUAACGUGUUACCCGAUCUGAAGGACUUAGAGACCAAACUGGGUCGCAAAGUCCCGGAGAGUCUCAUCCGGUCGCUCGUCGGAGGCAAACAUCACGAGAAGCACGAAAAGUCCACGAACGCGCAUUUGGUCAACUGCAAAUCCUGUACCAACUCCGGUGACCUGAAGCGACUGGAAAAGAAAAUGCUUUUCCUCAAGCAAGAAAUGGCCCACCUGCGAGCCAUCGAUGUGAAGCUGAUGCAGCAGCUCAUGUCCAUCAACGAGGGAAUCGAGUCCAUACGAUGGAUGAUAGAUGACAAAGGAGGCGCCGCCAGCCAGGAUGGCAGCUUGACGGGCAGUUUGUACAGUCUGUCUGACAGCCAGGAUGGUUCCUCGCUGAGGGGCAGCUUUAACAGCCUAAAUGAUGUGAACAGUGACGGCCUAGACGGCCUGUCUGUAGGCAGUUACCUGGACACGUUGGACGAUCUACCCGAUGACCCAUCGCCCUCAGACCUCGACUGUUUUGUGGAUAAAACUGUUAUUGACGGUGAUGCCUUCAGCAAAUCGCCUCUGAAACUCAGGGUGGAAUCAGACGAAUACUACUGCUUUGGAUAACGAUGCUAAGACUGCAGCUGACCUGUUUGUUUUUCACUCACAGCUAAAACCAAAAAUGUCUUGUCAGUUUUUGCUAUUAUUUGAACCUUUAUUAUUAUUAUUAUUAUUUGUAAUGUUGUUUAUUGUCCAUCAGUGUCACUCCAAUAUUACUGUGUUUUAUUUGUUUUUAAUUAUUAAAUCAUUGAAGCAAGACCAAAGGGUGCCACACACUGUACCUCUGGACUUUUUUAUUUCUGUGUGUAAAAAAAAA